AUGGAUAAAUACUUUUUGAAGAAAAGCAAGCAACCAAACCUCAAUGUGGAACUAGCGACAUCAUUUAGUUUGGACGCUUUUAAUAGUAAUAUGUCCACUACUUCUACGACUAAUGCAAUUUCUAAAUUAACCUCAAACUCUAAGAAGUCGACUUUGGCCAAUGCCAGAAGUGUUAGCUCUAUUUCUGAAGAAAAGAAUAAACAAGCUGUUAAAAAAAAAUUUGCGCUGCCAAAUAAUCAAAACAGUCAGACUGCAAAAAAAGCUUUUGUGACAACAAGAUUCACAUUAUGGAAAAAUGCAUAUUUAUCUUUGCCUAAACAUAAAAAAAGUGAACUUCAUCGAGCAGCUAAUGAGUUACUGCUAAGUUCAAAGUCUGUGAGUGUUGUUCAGCACAUGUCAGUUGCGAAUCAAAAAACAAUGAUGGAAAAUAGAAUAGCAUUGAAGAAAAUUUUUUGUACUAUCAGAGUUUUAGCUCUGCAAGGCUUGUCACUAAGAGGCAAUGGCAGCAAUAAACGUUCAAACUUCAAUGAAAUCCUUCAAGCAAGAUCUGAGGAUAUAUUAGAAUUAAGGGCGUGGUUACAUCGAAAAGGACACAAAUGGACAUCUCAUGAUAUACAAAACGAAAUUCUUGAACUCAUGGCAUCAAAUAUAAAGCAGCAGAAUCUAAAAGAAAUUAAAGCAGCUCAUUUUUUUGCUUUUACACUUGAUGAAACGUCGGAUAUUGCAAGAUUGGAACAAGUUUCCAUUUCCAUCAGGAUUGUAUCUGACAAUUUAUCUAUCAGAGAAAUUUUUUGGGGAUUUUAUGAUACUAAAAAUACCAAAUCUGAAACGAUUUAUGCUUUUGUUAAGCAUGAAGAGCCACGUGCUGUAUUUGUACAUUGCAACGCACACAGGCUAAACUUGGUUGUUCAGGAUGCAAUUGAAGAUGCUACUACUGCCAGAAACUUUGUUGGAGUAAUCAAAGACCUUAUUACUUUUAUUCGGGACUUCCCAAAACGUCUUGCCGAAUAUAAGGGAUUUCAGGAGGCUGUAUUAAAAGAAGAUGAUGAGGAGAAUCUUGGAAAGGCUUUAACUAUUGCUCCAUAUUGCCCGACUAGAUGGUGUAUGCGAGUUUUUUUGCUGAAAACGCUUCAGCAAAAAAUAAAUUACAUGGCAGUUUUGCAAUUCUUGGGUGCAAUGAAAAUGAACAGGGAAGUCGACAGCAGUAUCUCAUCAAAAGCUGCAGGAUUCUUAAAACACUUAGAGUCAUUCGAAUUUUAUUUUCAACUCACAAUGAUCGUGAAAGUUUUCGAAAAAAUUGAACUUCUUAACAAGGAACUACAAGAGUCAAAUCUUUGUGCUCUUGAAAAGUGGAUGCUGUCAUGA